AUGGGUAGAGGUACAUUGAAACAACAGCUCAAGCAUCACAAAUCACAAAAUAAAGAAGACAUUGUGAAUUUAAAGAGCAAGAAAAAGAAUGGCUCUGAAACCAAGAAUGUAGAGUCGAAAGAAGAAGAGGAGGAGGAGGAGGAAGAGGAGGAGGAAGAGGAGGAGAAAAUCACACCUGCCAUUGUUCAGAAACCAAUUUUAAAGAAGAUUGGUGGCGAAUUGGAUGAGUACAAGAGUAGUGCUUUGUCAAAGAAGGACCUUCGGAAAUUGAAAAAAUUAAAGGCUCAAGUAGAUGAAGAACACGAUUCUGUUGAGGAAAAGGAAGAGGAAGAGGAAGAUGAUGAAGUCGAAGAAGAGGAUGAGUUGGACUUGGAAAAAUUAGCUGCAAGCGAGAGUGAGAGUGACAUCGGUGGAAGCGAAGAAGAUCAAGAAGAUGGUGAAGAUGACGAAGAAGCUGACCAGGAAAUCCAAGAAGAAGAAAAAAAUGUCGAUGAGGAAGGUGAGGAACAAGACGAUGUACCUUUGUCUGACGUGGAUUAUGACUCAGAUGCCGACAUUGUGCCUCACACAAAACUCACGAUAAACAAUAUGGCAGCAUUAAGAGAAUCAUUGGCACGAAUUCAGCUUCCAUGGGGAAAACAUCCCUUUACCGAACACCAAUCUGUUACUAGUGCAGAAAAUGCCGAAUCCCAAAUAAAGGAUAUCUAUGACGACACGGAAAGGGAGUUGGCAUUUUACAAGCAAGGGUUGGAUGCUGUCAAACAAGCUAGAAGCACCUUGCUUAAACUCAAGGUACCAUUUUCUCGUCCUGUGGAUUAUUUUGCAGAGAUGGUCAAGAGUGAUGAACAUAUGGACAAGCUCAAGACGAAAUUGUUGAGCGAAGCUGCCAACAAGAAAGCUUCAGAGGAUGCAAAGAAACAAAGACAAUUGAAAAAAUUCGGUAAGCAAGUGCAACACGAGACUUUACAGCAGAGAGCCAAGCAGAAGAAAGAGACUUUGGAAAAGAUCAAGAGCUUGAAAAAGAAGAGGGGUGCCAACGAGAUCAGUAAUGACGAUGAUUUUCAAAUCGCUUUGGAAGAAGCCACUAAAGAUGAACAUUCAGGACGCAGUGGUGGUGACAACAAGAGGAGAAAAGUCAAUGGAAAGAGAAUGGCCAAAAAUGCCAAGUAUGGGCAAGGAGGCAAAAAGAGUGGAUCCAGAAAGAAUGACGCUGCCUCGUCUGCUGAUAUCUCCGGAUUUUCCAGUAAGAAGAUGAAGGGAAAAUCUUCAAGACCAGGAAAGAGUAAACGUUCUAGGAGGUAG